UUUUGUCCACACAACAAGCUUCACUUCACUCGUGAAACUGUGAUGUGGAAACAGUGUGUUCUCUGAAAGUCUGACAGCCGCAAGCACAGUUUCAUCACUGACACAAGGACUGUGGCCUAACAGGAUUCAUCCAGCUGGGACAUGUUUGCCACAGCCACCAGAAACUUUGUGGAUGAGGUGGACCGUGGAGGUUUGCUGAUCCCAGUGUCCAGCCUGAAUGACACUAUAGCUCUUCUGACAGUGGUGGUGAAGCGCAAGCGUCUCUGGGUUUGGCAGAAGCCCAAGUAUGUUCCCACUGAUUUUAACCUCAACGAUCUACUAACAGGAGACACACCUAUAAAGCCAGGUGUCAUAGAGACAGACUUUAUCAAAUACAAUGGGACAUAUGGUGACAAGAUCCAAGGGACUGUGGCCUCGCAGUUUGUCCACUCCAGUGUGAGCCUGGAGGGUAAAGAUUCCUCCAAACUCCAGUUAUCGUUUGACAGUCUGAAGAAAGAGGAAGUGGAUGUGCAGAAGCUGUUGCUAGACUCCAAAGACCGGGUCCUGGAUAUGUCCCAUUGUCUGGUCCAGCAGACGAAGCAGAAGCACAGGCGGGUGUUUGGUAUCGUGAAGGAGCGUAUUGUGACUGCUCAGCCCUGUUCGGUCAUCGAGGAGGUGCAGAAGGGAGGAGAGUGUGGAGGAGGACUGAGCCUCUGCGGGCCCAAGAGCCCAAAGGUUGCAUUGAAGGAGAAUGGGAGCUUGAGUAAAGACAGUAACAUCACCAUGGAGAUUCCCGUCCAUACUACCAUUGCCUAUGCCCUUUUAGAGCUAGAGAUCAAACAAGAUGGACGCUAUGAGCUGUGUCUGUUGUCAGACACCGAUGGAGGUUUUGAGGUAGAUGGCCCAAAGGAAGGACUGUUUGGUGUCGUCGGAGCCCCAGCCUCUGAAAAUGACCACCUUCGACAAGAGCUGGAGCAAUUGAGUGAUCAUUUCCAGCUGCUUUCAGCUCUCCCUGCCACCACAAGGUCCUCUCUGCUCCAGCAAAUCACAAAUGUGAUGAAGGACAGAGGGGCCGUCAGUUCACUUCAGCAUGUGCUGGACCAGAUGCGCCUGGAUAAGAUACCUUCCCUGAGUGAUGUCACAGCAACAGACUCCCAAAAACAGAACAUCCAAGCAAUUCUGGACCUUUUGGAGGAGUCUGGUCAAGAGAAGUGCAAACCUCUCCUCACAGCUCUUCACCUCAUCAUCAGUGCCAUGGAUGAGAUGAAAAAUGAUUGUCUUGCUGUCUUGGGAAUGUGCUGCCGCCUCACAGUGUUACCGGCUCUUGAGCUACUGGUGCAGUGCGUAACGGGCAAGGGGGAGUUACCUCGGGGCAGCGCAGGCCUGGCUGCACUGACAGAAGACGUCUAUGAAAAGACUGAACAUCUGUUUGCUUCCUCUAAUGUGUCUUUGACGAGAGAUGAGGACACUGUAAAGACAUACAUAAACCACGUGCCAGGAAACCUCGCUCUGGUCCUGUGUAUUGCUGUCAGAGGCCUCGCCUCAUUGGCCCACAGUGAUUGAACCGGAGACACCUUUAUAUCCACCAGAAACUUGAUACACUCCACUGGAAUGAGGUAAAGGGGAUCACGUAGAUCGUUUUAUUUAUCGUUAUUUUCUCUUUAUGGUGCAGUGGAAUGUCCUCUAAAACAGACAUUUUACUGCAGGGUGCUGUUGUAUAAAUAUAACUGUGAUAAAACAGUCAGUCAAUGCUUUAAGUCAAUCUUAAAAAAAUCUGACAAUCAAUUGGUCAUAGAUUUUGGACUGUAUGACAUCACCUCAGGUUCUUGCAAAGUGUGAGGGGCCUUUUUUUUUCUUUUUUUUUUUUUUUUACCUUUUUUCAGAUUUUAUCAAGGAAAAAGAACGAUCAAAAAACAAUUCAUUACAAUCCUAAAAUGAUCCACUUAGUCAUUAUUGUUUAUUGUCAAGUAAGGGAUAGACCCCUACACAUUGUGCGUUUCAGCUAAGGUAAGCUAAUCAAACCCCAAAAUUUUCAAGUGGCCAUGGUGUAAUAAAAAAUAACUAUCAGCUGCAGCCCUGAAAUAUGAUAUUCUAUGGGCCACAGCUAAAUUCUGAUUGAUGUGCACAAUCUUUGAUAUAAAACUUUGACUAGAAUUUACAUUUUUAUCAUGGCACUUACUGGCGGUAGCAGCAUCAAUAUCAACACCAAUUUGAAUAUGAUAUUCAAAUUUUAGUCUGAAUGAAAAUGAAUGAAGAGUCUUAAAUCGCAGGCCCAUGGUUCUUAACUGUGUUAUUUUGGGUGAUAGUAUUUUAAGGAAGCAUCUCUUUAUCAAGUUCUCAUGUAAUUACAGUUUUAUCUACAGUAGGAUUUUUAUGUAAGUGUAUUAUCUGUCAAUGUCAUGAAAACCAUUAAACCACCAAUUAUAACCCUCACCUUUUAAAAUGACACUACAUAUUAUUUUAUAUAGGCUUUAAUUUCACUUCUCAGCCCUGAAGGAUCACCAGAACUCUGAAUCUGUAAGGCAGGUAUACUCAACUUGCACUUUUGCAAAUUGCCAGGAGGCCAGUUAAUAAAGAAACAUUAAUAAUUAAUAUUGAAAUAAUUAGUCCUCUGGCACUAAACAACCUCUGUUUUAAUGUUUUCUAUAUGCACUCUGGCACCUUAUUUACAUUAUAAGUACAAAAAAUCCCAGUCUAGAUCAAUUUACAUUUUAUUCUAAAUUAGAAAAUGGUCUGAGGGCCACCUGAUACCCUAACGAGAGCCAGAUUUGGCCCAUCGGCCGCAAGUUGAGUAUCACUGCUGUAGGAUAUCUUGUAGUCAACAUUCUUUUUGGCUGUUGUUCGUUUCUCUUUUAUAACUUUUCUUAGUUUAGUUUACUUAGUUUCUUAGUUUCACUGUGCCACUAAUUGUUAAGUAUUAUUUCAGAUUUUAGCAAUAUUGUAAAUUGUUCAAAUUCUUUACCGUUUGUGUCCUUUUUGUCUGUUUCUCUAUAAAAACAUCACAAAAAAACAAAA